AUGCACAGACGAAGAAGCGUUGCCCGCACGCACUCUCCUGCUGCCCUCCUCGCGCGAUCUGCCCUCGUCACUUGCGCCCACUGCCGCGCGCGCUACCGCCCUUUCACGUUCCGCCUCCACCCGCCCGUCUACUCUGCCCCGCCCCGCGCUCCUUCCCCGCUGCAUGCGCGCUCCCCUUUUUCCUCCCCGCCAGCGCGCAAUGAAGCCGCGGGCGGGCGUGCGGUGUUCCACGUGUACAGGGCGGGGCGCACAGGGCCCGUGCUACUGUGCCUGCAUGGGGGCGGCUAUGCCGGGGCGUCGUUUGCAGUGGCAGCGGGGCACAUGAGGGGUGAGGUGCAGGUGGUGGCCAUGGACAUGCGCGGCCACGGCGCCACGCGCACCGCCAACGACCUCGACCUCUCCGCCCAGACGCUGGUGGAGGAUGUGGCAGGCGUGGCAAGGAAGCUCUUUGGUGACUCACCUCCCGCCAUCGUGCUGCUGGGUCACAGCAUGGGGGGGGCGGUGGCAGUGCGGGUGGCGGAGCAGCAGCUGCUGCCAUCGCUGGCAGGCCUCGUGGUCGUCGACGUCGUCGAGGGCAGCGCCGUGGCAUCGCUGGGCCACAUGCAGGCAGUGCUGGCGUCACGCCCCUCACACUUCCCAUCGCUCCACAAGGCCGUGGAGUGGAGUGUGCGGUCGGGGCAUCUGAGGAGCGUUGAGUCGGCGCGUGUCUCGGUGCCGCCCACCCUCAUCCCAGACGCCACAGGGAAGGGGUUUGUGUGGCGCACCCCCCUUGAGAAAUCUCAGCCCUACUGGAAGGGAUGGUAUGCGGGUCUGUCUGACCUCUUUCUGCGCUGCCCCGUGCCCAAGCUGCUGCUGCUCGCAGGCACCGACCGCCUCGACAAGCCGCUGACCAUUGCUCAGAUGCAGGGCCGCUUCCAAAUGCUCGUUGUCCGCCACUCAGGCCACGCCAUCCAGGAGGACGAGAGCUUGGAAUUCUCUUCCAGCGUGCUGCACUUCAUAGCAAGAAACCGAAUCACACAGCGUGGCGUGAUGGUUGGUGGUUUCAUCCAUCAUUGA